AUGGAGGUUGUUAAACCCAAGUUGAAAGUGCUGAAGAAGCGGCGCUCUAGUCUUUUUGCCACGAUUAAACGGGAUAAGAGCUUUUCACCAAGUAUAGAGGACCAAGAGGGUGAAUUCCCUUUUUCUCAGGACAGUUCUGUCAAGUUAUGGACAUCCAUGGACAACCUGGACACGGUGGAUGAGCAAAAAGCGCAGAGCAAGGACUCAUCAAAAUUGAGGAAACCAAACAUCGUGAACCUCAACGUGGGCGGGAAGGUGUUUCACAUUCCCAAACAUCUGGUCCUGCGACACCCCAAAACCAGAAUUGGAAUGUUGGCCCUGUGUGAAGAUCGGUCCAAGCGUCUGACGCUCUGUGAUGAUUACAACGUUCAGAACAAUGAAUUCUUUUUUGACAGGGACCCGAUGUUUUUCCAUUACAUCUUCCACUAUUACUGCAGCAACGUUUUGUGGGUGAUGGAGAGUCUCUGCCCUGUUAACUUUGAAGAAGAGAUGGCUUUUUGGGGGCUGAAACUGAAGGACACGCCAAGGUGCUGCCGUAUUCUGUUUGAGGAGAAAGUGGAUGACAUAAGAGACCAACUGAAGGUCAACCAGGAGCUCAUCGAUGAGAUCAAACCUCACCAAGACGACGAGGGCUACAAGACCAUGUUUCUCGGCAAACUUCGGAAGAUUCUCUGGGACCUGAUGGAGAACCCGUACUCUUCCAUGCCAGCCAAAGCCUUUGCUGUGUUUUCUAGUCUCUUUGUGCUCAUCUCCAUCGUUUCCAUGACGAUGAAUACAGUGGACGAACUCAGGAGAUACAAACUGGCCGGCAAAACUUACAUGGAGUGGGUGGAGAUCGCCUCCAUCCUUUUCUUCACUAUGGAGUACUUCUUGCGCUUGCUCACCACAUCCGACAUCAAGCAUUUUGUCAAGAGCGCUCUCAACUUUGUCGACAUUGUGGCCGUCAUGCCCUACUUCAUCCAGAUCAUGUUUGAGACGUUUGUGAUCGAUUCGGAGGACAUGAGUGCAAAGGAAGAUUUGAAGGCCAUGGCGAGGGUCAGCAAAGUCAGCAAGGUGCUCAAAGUUGUCAAGUUAAUGCGCAUCUUCCGGAUUCUCAAGCUCGCCCGACACUCUACAGGCAUGAGGGCGUUUGGUUUCACCAUUCGUCAAUGUUCUGAGCAGGUGUGUUGUCUGUUUCUCUUCAUCGCCAUGGGAAUCUUUACCUUCUCAGCUCUGAUGCAUUCAGUCGAGGUGGACCAACCUGGAACACCAUUCAGCAGCAUCCCGGAUGCCUGGUGGUGGGCAGCGGUGAGCAUCUCCACCGUGGGCUACGGAGACGUGGUCCCCAUCUCCUAUCUGGGGCGCUGUGUGGCCUUUGGCUGCAUCUCUUUCGGCAUCAUUCUCAACGGCAUGCCCAUUUCCAUUCUCUUCAACAAGUUUUCCGACUACUACGCCAAACUGAAGGAGCAAGAGUACACCUUUUCAAACACAGAGCGUACCUUCCAGCUCGAGAGACGUCUGAGAAAUAAAUGUAACAACUGCUUGCAAACCCAGGUCGAGGACUCCGACGACGAGGUUCACUAUCGGCCCAGUGGAAGGCAGACUACUUUUGAGGGAGAAGAAUAA